CGCGUGCGUUAGUCUCUCUCUCGCUGGAACAACGGCGACGCACGCCUUUGAAAAUCUCUGAUCACUUCUGCUAUCCUUUAGUUCAGCGCAGCGUUUAUUGCCAGCCCGGUGGACAUUUCAAAUUGCGUAAGGCAUCUUGCUAGGCCAAACGGGCACCAUGGACUCGACUUUGACUGAUGUGCCAAUCCUCCAGAUGGCCUCGUUGAACUGGUUGUAUCUAUCUUUAUCGAUAGCGCUUUCAUUUUUGCUAUUUGCCGUCAUCACAUCGAACAUGAACAAGCCUAGCAUUCCUAAGGGAAAGAAACUGCCGCCAGGUCCCCGAGGCUUCCCAUUGGUCGGUCACUUGCCGUACGGACCAAGAAAUUUCGAUUACAAAAGAUGCCUGGAAAUUUCAAAACAGCACGGACCGGUGUUCAGGCUAAAAGUAGGAGUGAAAGAUAUUGUUAUUUUGAACGACUUUGAAUCAAUAAAAGAUGUACUGACCAGAAAAGCUGUUUUGAACCGGACAGACAACUUCAUUCUAGAUCGAUCGGGUGUUAAAGGCAUUGUGACGCUCAACGGCGAUGCGUGGCUAGAUAAUCGCAGAUUCUGCCUUCACGUGCUGCGUGAUCUCGGUUUUGGGAGAAAAUCGAUGGAAGAGCACAUAAAGGAUGAAGUUCAGUACCUUGCUGACAAAAUACUGGAGCUACACGGCUCACCAGUGGACAUCCGCAAAUACUUGGUCCCGAGCAUGUCCAACAACAUCACAUCACUGGUCUUCGGCAGACGUUACCCAUUCGAAGACCACAGGCGCAAGUUCCUGGAUGAGCGCCUGAAAGAGGCGUUGAGGAUCAUCGGAUCCGGAAGCCUUUUCACAUUCCUUCCUUCCUGGGCAUUUUUUAUCUUUUCAGUGCUUCCUUUCACUAACGUAGCCAAAAUCAAGGAAGUGCUUGAAGAAAUGUUCGAGUACGUCUCCGAGGAGGUUAAGCAGCAUGAAAGUAGCCUCGACGAAAACAGUAAUCGAGAUUUUAUUGACGGAUAUAUCAAAAAGAUGAAGGAGAAUGAAGAUAACCCACACUCAAGCUUUAAAAUGGGAAACCUGCUUGGAAAUGUCCUGAACUUUUUCGGAGCUGGUUCGAACACUGUCCAGCUAUCGAUACAAUGGCACCUCCUCAACUGCGCCGACAAUGUGGACUCGGUGCAGCGCAACAUUCAGAACGAGAUCGACAGUGUGGUCGGGCAUGAGAGAGCGCCCUGCUGGGAAGAUCACAACAAGAUGCACUUCACGAUGGCCACCAUCUGGGAAAUGUAUCGAUGGCGCACUAUCGCGCCACUCAGCAUACCGAGAGAGGCGGCUGAGGACGUGGAAUACAAGGAUUACUUCAUUCCUAAGGGAACUGUGAUCCUUCCCAACCUUUCGGCCGUUCACUUGGAUCCCGUGAUUUGGGAAAGACCGGAGAUGUUCGACCCACACCGCUUCUUGAACAAAGACGGUUCCGGUCUGAUAGCCAAGCCAGAUCAGCUCAUUCCUUUCUCCAUUGGAAGAAGGAUGUGUCCCGGAGAGACUCUGGCCACUGUAGAAAUCUUCCUCUACCUGACAACGCUCCUGCAAAAGUUCACCGUGAGGCCCGCGGAUGGGAAAAGAGUUGAUUUGGAACCAGCUGCGGUUGCAUUAAACACGCCCGCCCCGCAACAGCUGAAGUUUGUAUGCCGCGAGUAUAGACCCGUUCGCUCUUUCAAACAAAUUUUCCAUGUAUUCAAUCUUACAGGUGGUGUCAUGUCACUGAAUGGCCAAGCAUGGCAAGACAACCGGCGUUUUUGUCUCCACGUGCUGCGUGAUCUCGGAUUCGGGAAGACCUCCAUGGAAGAGAGACUCAAGGAAGAAGCGGAGUACCUAACUGAAAAGAUCGCCGAACAUCGGGGUGAGCCCUUCGUGAUCCAGGAUUUGCUCGCACCCAGCACAUCCAACAACGUGACAGCACUUGUCUUUGGGGAACGUUACGCUUACGAGGACCCGCGGAGAAACUUUCUGGACGAUCGAGUUAAGAAGCUGUCGAGGUUCGUCGGUGCCCGACGGUUGAGCGCUCUUUUUCCCGUAUGGCUGAACCGGCUGGCGGCCAGAGUGCCGGUCCUGAAAAAUAACCUCGCCGUUCCAAUUCUCGAUGAACUUCUUGACUUUGCCAAACGAGAAAUACAAGAGCAUGAAACGAGCCUCGAAGAACACAGCAAUCGGGAUUUUAUCGACGCUUACCUGAAGAAAAUAAGGGAGAACGUGCCUACUGGAAACUCUAGUUUUCACAUGAAUUCGCUGAUCGGCAACAUCUUCAGCUUCUUCGUAGCCGGCUCGAGCACCGUCCAGGAGACGCUGCAGUGGCACCUGCUGGUGUGCGCCGAUAGGCCGGACCUUGUGCAGCGCAGGAUCCAGCAGGAGAUUGACCAAGUCAUCGGCCGCGAGAGGGCUCCAUCAUGGGCCGACCACACGGCUAUGCCUUUCACGGUGGCCGUGCUGUGGGAAGUCUACCGCUGGCGGACCGUCACGCCGCUUGGUAUUCCGAGAACAGCGGCCGAGGACGUCGUCUUCAAAAGCCAUUUCAUUCCCAAAGGAUCUCUUGUGAUUGCGCACCUUCGGGGCGUGCAUAUGAGCCCUGAGUACUGGAAAGACCCAGAAGAGUUCAAUCCACUGCGUUUCUUGAACGAAGAUGGCUCGCGAUUGCUACCCAAGCCUGAUCAAUUGAUUCCGUUUUCUGUUGGAAAGCGGAUGUGUCCGGGAGAAACAAUGGCCACGGUCGAAAUUUUUUUGUAUCUGACAACAAUCUUGCAGAAGUUCAACAUUCUCCCUCAGGAAGGUUGCGACGUCAAUCUUUCAUCCGAAAGUACCGCUUUCAGGCUUGCGCAGAGGCAGAAGCUUCGUUUUUUGCCUCGUUGAUAUCUACGAACAAACAUUUUGAGCCACGUAUACGUAUAUAUGUCUAAUAUUUGGCUCAGAAAUUGUCGCUAUCACAAACUACUCAAUAUAUAAGAGUGUCUCACCGUUCUCUGGCGUUCAGCAGAAAAGGCAACUAGUGCACGCGCUAACGUCAAGACCGCCACCUUUGAACUUUUACAAGAAACGGCUAGUAAAAAAUGAUGGCCUCCGAGAUUCGGCAGCGCGCCGCGAGCACCAUCUUGAAAGCCACGUCAACAGCGCAUAGCGCACAGCUUCUUUUAAUGACCGAUAGAUGGACGCCCACUGUCAGUUCUUGUAGUUAUUCGCAGGCGCAGUGCUCGCAGACAACCGCCCGGCGGCAUUGCCAAAUUGUACUAGGAAUUUAAUUUCUAUUUACCUUCAGGUAUGGCACGUGAUAAUGAUGGGAGAAAAAGCGGCACUCCACAUUUCAUCGAAUAUAUUAAACCAAUGUACACCCGCACUAAGGAAGUACCGCACGCAAGGCAAAAGUCGCGUCCACUGCGUGCCCUACCUUUUGUCGAUUCUAGCCGCCAGAAUUU